GCCGAUGCUGAACUUAUGCAUUGCAAAAGCAUCGUACUAGACCUAGUGAAAAUCGCAUGACAAAUGUCCUCCGCAUGAAGAAUGGAAUUUGUCAUGCUGAUUGACCUUGCGGAUCAGAUUUGUAAUGCAUGACUGCAAUUAGUUUUAGUACGAGUGCGAUACAACUUUUGCAAUGCAUAGAACCCCGAUGGGGUGAUAUCUGGGAACUACCGGUGCAGUCUCGCGGGUGUGGAUUUGAACCGGCAGUGGCGGUUCCCGGACCCGGUUUUGGUAUGAAAGCGCACAACUGCCCCUGCCCUUCAUUUGUCAUGCAAAAUUCCAAAGCCACCCUUUGUCUGUUAGCACUGUUUGCACGACAGAUUCCGGAAUCCAAAACAGAAUUACUAGAAUCCGCUAGAAGGAAUUAAUUUGUCGUGCGAAAGUAAGCGGCAUCCUUGCCAGCGCUUGUGUAAUACUGUUCAUGCAACACAAAUGAGGCGGGGGAGGGGGAGUUGUGCAUUCUCAUACGUGGAUCAAUCUGUCUACGAGUUGAAGCGAAUCCUGCAGAAGUUGAAAAAGCAGCUGGUCCUGUACUUGGACUUGCACGGGCACAGCAGGCAGACGAAUUUGUUUGCGUACGGGUGCUCCACCUACCCCUCGACGGAUCACCGGUUCUACACGGUUCGGAUGUAUCCGAAAAUUUUGUCGGUCCUAGCGCCGGAAUUCUCGUACCAAAACUGUUGCUUUGGCCACGGCGGGAACCAGAAGCGGGGCACAGGCCGAGUGGUAGUAGCGCGAGACAUUGGGCUAGUGGAGGCGUUUACCAUAGAAGCGUCGUUUUUCGGGGCAAUCAG